CUAAGAACUUAUCCAUCCGUCCUUCAAAAUUCAAUCAUCCUCUCUACUUCCGUUGCAAAGAUGAGCCCUAUCCCUCAUUUUCUUGUGAUACCUUUCCCAGUUCUGGGACAUGUGAAUCCUCUGAUGCAGUUUUCUCAGGUUUUGGCCAAACAUGGCUGCAAGGUCACUUUUCUGAACACAGAGUUCAGUCAAAAGCAAGCUAUGGCUGCAACUUCUUCUUCUGACCAACACAACAAUAAGAAGAAGAAGAACCCCAUAAACAUGGUGACGCUGCUGGACGGUUUGAGUGAUGAAGAUGACAGAAGUAAGCCAAUAGAGCUUGUGCAAUCGAUCAAGACCACCAUGCCUGAAAAGCUUCCAGAGCUCAUUGAAGAAGUCAAUAAUGGGAAUGAAGAUUGUCAGAUCUCAUGCAUAAUAGUUAGUAUGAUAAUGGGAUGGGCUUUAGAAGUUGGUCACAGACUAGGAAUCAAAGGGGCUGUCAUGUUUCCUGCUUCUGCUACUUCUGUGGCUUCCCUUUACUGCAUUGAAAGGCUGAUUCAAGAUGGAAUUAUCGAUUCCGAAACUGGACAACCAACGAAAAACCGCGAAAUUCAGCUUGCCCCAAACAUGCCUACGAUGGACCCAGCAAACCUACCAUGGACAACCUUAGGUAAGUCCUUCUUCGGCUCCACGUUACAAGAGACACAAACCUUAACAAGGUUAGGACAAUGGUGGCUUUGCAAUACAACCUACAAACUCGAACCUGGUGCACUUUCAAUGUCACCAAAGCUCCUAUCAAUCGGCCCACUUUUACCUGAUGAAGACCAAAAUACAACUUCAUUCUGGAAAGAAGAUCAAACCUGCCUCGAUUGGCUCGACCAGCAGCCACCUCGAUCUGUCGUUUAUGUUUCCUUUGGAAGUUUAGCAGUAAUGGAGCCAAACCAGUUCAAAGAACUUGCACUUGGACUUGAUCUUUUAGACAAGCCUUUUCUUUGGGUGGUACGACCUGGUAACACUGACAAGUCAAACAAUAACUACGUAUUCCCAGAAGGGUUCAAAGGUGGCAAGGGUAAAAUCGUCAACUGGGCUCCACAGAGGAAGGUUCUGAACCAUCCUUCAGUGGCUUGUUUUGUUAGUCACUGUGGUUGGAAUUCUACUAUAGAUGGCAUAUACAGUGGUGUGCCAUUCUUGUGUUGGCCAUUUUUUGGCGAUCAGCAAGAAGAUAAGGCGUAUAUUUGUGAUGAAUGGAAGAUUGGAAUGGGAUUGGAUAAGGACGAAAAUGGAUUGAUAACAAGGGAGGAGAUAAAGAAAAAAAUGGAGAAGUUGCUUGGAGAUGAAGAAAUAAGAGGGAAUUCUUUGAAAUGGAAAGAAACCGUCAUCAAUAAUAUUGCUGAAGGGGGUCGAUCUUCGGAGAAUCUCAAGAAGUUCAUUAACUGGGCCAAAGAAUGAGGAUGAUCCGCCAUUAUUUGUUUAAGGGCUUGGGAAUUGGAAAAUGUUUGUUUUCUAAUUAUUUAGAAUCUUUUGAAUAAUGGAAGAUUUUUAAUUAUUUAGAAUCUUUCAAAUAAUGAAAAUUAAUUUGAUCCAUGUCAUAUAUACAUGUUGAAUAAUAAAUCAUGUUCUUCGUUUAUUCUAUAUAUUCUGUAUGUUCUAAUCAUGGUUUCAAUAAGUCGGAAUAUCCUUGGAUGUUA